AUGCCUCCCUCGCCAGGCAAGAUACAUCAGCUACCAGUCAAAGUACUAUACAGUAUAGAUACCUCAUCCCAGUCCUACCUCACUGUACUCCACGAUCGUCAAGAUGUAUACGUCCAUCCUUCUUCGCCGAGUUAUGCGACAUCUGAGGAGCAAGGUCAAGGUUUAGUAGGGAGUUGUACGUUGAAAGCCAUUGCUAGGGGAAUAUGUUAUGCGAGCCCCGAAUGCAUCCCCAACACAACCUCGCUCGAUUUCAGCGUCUACAACCUCGAUCCUACUGUCCGUAGACCUUCCAUUUCAUCCUCAUCUCGCGCAUUCCCCUCGUCACCCUCCGAACACCCUUCCUCAUCUACUUCCUCAUGGGUAGGCAGGGGUUUCCUCUCAUGGGUAUUAUCUGAAAAUGGAAAUGGGUCAACUCUGAUAAAGGGAAGAUUAGUCAGGGAGUACGAGUUCUCCUCGAUCCAUUUCGCUCCAGAGGGCGGUCUAGAAGGAUUGAUGGCUAUGGCCAACUCGAAUGGUGGAGGUACAGAUGGAGAAGAUUCGGAUGGGAAAGGAUGGGGAUUGGAAGUUGGAAUAAGUCUUAGACAGUUGAAUCCAGAUGGUAAAAUUGAGUUUCAAAAUCGAAAAGAAUUCGAAGAAAUGUUAUCAAAAGGAAAAUCAACUUCGAUAUCAGCUUCAUCACCAAUAAGAGGAAAUACCACGAUCGGUGGUGGAAGUACACCAGCAAGAUCAUCACCUUUGAUCAAUAGCACCAUCAACAGAACACCAAACGUCAAUUCCACACCUCAACAGCCCGGUCCAUCAGCCUCUUCUACCGCUACCAUACGUCCUCCACCCAUUGCUCAACCUACACCUGUACCAGCACAGCAGCAGCAGCAGUCAGGACAAUCCUCUAGACCUUCUUCUUCGCUUUCUCAUCGACCUUCUUCAUCUUCCAUACCACCCUCUUCGUUACCCCCUUUACCGUCAAGUUCAAAUUCCAACAUACCUUCAAGUCGACCAUCGUCCUCUAUCGGUGAAUCAAGACCCCCUCCACCUGCUCCUCCCCAGCAGCAAGCUGAAGCAGGACCAUCGCGUAAUCGUGAAGUUACUCCUCCACCCGUCCCUCGAUCCAAAUCACCUCCACCAUCUACACCAUCCCGACACAAAUUACAUGCCCUCCUUCGUGCGGACGGUAUGAUGUCCCCCGAAUUAGCAAGACAUCUAGCUUCUAAUCCAGUAUUGAGGAACUUGUUGAAAGCCGUACCGUCAAACUCAAAUGCCCUAACUGCUCUGAGGAAUAUAACGGGGGCUAACAGAUCGCCUACUUCCAAUGCUCAUGCGAACGGGGCAAAGAGAUCGACUGCGAACGACAAAGAUAAGGAGAAAGAGGAUAGUCCCGAAGCCACGACGCCCACUCCUCUACCUACUCCCCAAAGGUCAACGAGAAGUGCCCAACAGGGGCAGAAUAACCAAGAUGGAUGUUGUAAUUGUGGGACAAUGGUUAGUGCUUGUUGGAGAGUUAAGAAGAUGAAAGAUGGUACGCCCAGGAAAGUGUGCGAUGAUUGCGGACUAUACUUCAAUGAAUACAAGAAGAUGCGUCCUCCUGAAUUAUGGUCUCAACCUUUCAAGCCUGGUCAAUCAUCCACUUCUUCUGUCCAGCAGCAGCAGAACGGAGGAGGGGAGAAACGUAAACAUGCCAUAGAGCUCAACGAUGGUCCAGCGUCGGGAUUGAGAUCUUCACCGAGAUUAAAUCGGACUAAUUCAGAUCAACAAACUCAUACCCAGUCACAGAGUCAGAAUCAGAGUCAAAGUCAAAAUCAAAAUCAAAUACCGGAAUCACCUAGAAAGAGACAGAAAGUCAAAUCACAUGGGAACCCACCUCCACCUAGUCCAAGGAGAUCUACGAGAAAUUCAAGUAAGAAUGAUAAUGUUGAUUUUGGUGCAGAAGUAUUUGGAUUUUCACCUUCGAAUUCGAAUUCAAACAACAAUUCAAUGUUUGGUACUUCACCUGCUAUACCCAUCACUUCCAAUAACAGUCAAGAUCAUCAACAGCAGCAGCAGCAUCAUCAUCAGAUGCAACCGUUUGGUCAAUCGACAUCUGGUCAUACUCAUGGGAAUGGUCAUAAUGGGAAUGGUCAUAAUGGGAAUUUGGAAGAAUUGGAUAUAUCAGCUUUCCUAGCUACGUUUGAAAGUUCCUUGGCCCAUACCAAUCAUCAUACAUCCGCGAAUGGUACUGGUACUGGUGAUGGUGAUGGGACUACCGAUGGACAAGUGAUUGAAGAGAACAACUUCAAUUUUGAUAGUUUGUUCAAUGGCGAUUCUUCAAUGGGUAUAGAACUAAGUCAGGAGAUGCAAGAUCUGUUGAACGGUUGGGAAAGCCAAUUGAACGAUCCUAAUUAUCUGGCGGGGUUGGAUGUGAAUAUUCCUGGAUUGGGUGAUAUAGGGAAUGAACCCGGUCAGUGA